GCAAUUUCUGGGAAACAGUGUGUUUUGUGGUGACAAAUGCUGUCUAAACACAAUAAUUAGUUUAUUGUGUCUUAUCUGUCAUAUUGUGUUAUCUUUAUGUGAAUCUUUCAUUUGAUAAUUACGUAAACAAACGCCGUUUGCAGUGAUUAUCACUCAAUGAGAGCUCUUGUGUCCAAAGGCGUCAAAUGGAUGCGUUGGUCGGCAAUCACUGUAUCGUUUGGUUACAUAUCUUUCAAUUUCAUCGCUGAACCCAUACUUUGCUCGGGGUCGUCGAUGGAGCCAACCCUUAGUGAUAAAGACAUUAUACUCACUGAACGCUAUUCUUCAGUAUUCAUCAAAAGCUACAACCGUAAUGUCCAAAGAGGUGAUGUAGUGGUCGCGAGAUGUCCCGCAAACCCAAACACAUUGAUCUGCAAGAGAGUUGCGGCCAUCGCUGGCGAUUCAGUCAGACAUGGAUUCCUAUCGCAACAAGUGAUCCCUCGCGGACACGUGUGGCUGACCGGUGACAACACCAACUACUCGACCGACUCUCGAGAUUGGGGUCCCAUUCCUAUCGGACUCAUUGUGGGCAAAGCCGUGCUCAAGAUAUGGCCGUUCGAAGACUUCCAGAUAUUAGACAAUAAACCCAAGAACUCUUCCAAAACAUAACUCAUUUACAGUUAAAUUAAAUGUUAGAGUCGUUUCUCAUUUAAACAAAUGAAUAGUAUUUUAUGACAAAAUUGUAAAUAACAUUAAAAC